AUGGGACAACGAAAAACCAAGCAUGUUCAUCAAUCGGAAGAAUUUCAAAAUUCUAAUAAAAUAUUAUUGAUUGGGCGAAGAGGUAUUGGAAAAAGUACUUUAUGCCGUUCAUUAAACAAGUUCCGAGUCGAGAAUGGCAAUGAUCCACUUUGUUCUUGUGAAGAUUUUCAAUCACGUCUCGAUAAUGCUUGUGAUCGUAUCAUUCAAAGAUUAUUUCAAAUAUUAAUGGAUGAUGAAAUUCAGUUGAUUUGUAAAAACACGGCUUUUGAAGGUAGGCAUGAUUUGAAAGAUCAUCUCUUCGAUCAUGAUAGGCAGAAAUUUACGAGCGAUCAUUUUGUAGAGCUUUGGAAUAAGAAUAACAGAUUAAUGAGAGAGUAUUUGUACACCAAUUUGAUUGAUCCAUAUGGUGAAUUUGAAAAUGUGGAUCUCUUUUAUCAUCUCAUGACAUUGAAACAAGAAUUUGAUCCUUUUCAAAUAAUCUCACCUCCAAGUGCAGGUAUCAUUGAACAUCAAUAUUCAAUAAUGCCCAACAAUUCACAUGUUAAGAUUUUGGAUGUUGGAGUCGAUAGAAAUGAACGAAGACAGAUUACUCCUUGUCUCAACAAUGAUGUUGUGGUAGUAUUUAUGGCAUCACUUCCUGAAUUUCUGAAUACAAAUUUUUAUUAUGAUGAAGGAUUGGACUGUAUGAGAGAAAGUUUGGAAUUUUAUUCACAAUUUCUUCAAAGAGCUAAUUUAGUAGCAAAAUUACGAACCGUUCUUUUAUUGACAAAACCUGACUUGUUUAUGAAAAAGUGUAAUCAAUGUUUUGGGAGCGAACUGCCCUAUACACGACCAACAGCAAAUGACAUUCGUACAGAGUUGAAGAAUAUUGGAACAUUGAGGAAUUGGCCACGCAUCAUUGUCAACUCAAUCGUUUCAGAAUAUUGCAACAUUUUUAACAAACAUUAUCAAGGGAAAUUUGAAUAUCAUAUUGUGAAUACUUUGAACCAAGACGAAGUACUUGAAGUGAUGAAAGUAAUUUUAGCAGGACCUUCAGAAAGACAUUACAUUUCUCCGUGUCUGUUCGCAACACAGGCCGAAGCACGCUUAUUCAUGAACAUUAAUUGUUUUAAUGAUGUGACAUUCAAAUUUAUUGAGGAAUUUUCAUUGAAUUAA